GGAAGGAAGUUUUUAAUAGCUCCACUUUUUAUUGCAGCUUACUCUUAAGAUUGUGUUACACAAACAUUUUCUUGUUUGGUAUCUGUUAUAUUUACUUUAGCAAAUAUACAGUAGUCACUAUUAUAAACUAUAAUACUAUAGAAAGGUUCAAAAACACCAUAGUUUGAAGGAAGUUUACUAAAGUAAAUACUAAACUACAGUACUUUCUCAGGUGAGAAUAAAUUCUGCAUUUUAUUGCAUUAAAUCCAUCAUUACAAGCACUAUGGAAUAGCCAGUGUUUAGCUUGAUCUAUCUAAACUAUUGCUAUUUCAGAGUUCAUUUAUUUAUGUAUUGAAGUUUUAAAAAUAACAAAUGUUACGUGCUUUAAGUAGUCAUAUUUUAUAUUAAUAUUGCCAUUUAUAUUUGCUGUGGUCAUUAUUAUUAGUAGUAGUCAUAUUUCAUAUUGAUAUUGCGAUUUUGGUUUAAUUGAUGUUUAUUUUAGUCUAGUUUUGUUUAUUUUCAGUUAAUACUUAGGCAACAUUUUUUUGCUAAGGCAACAUGUUUUUUGGGUGUUUAAUUUAAGUAUUUCAAGUAAUAUUUAAAUCUUCUAUAAUUAUAGGUACACAUAAUUUAUUUGAUUUCUUUAUCAUUUUAAACAUAAUUAUAAUAAUAAUAUUGUUGUUGUUAAAAGUAGUCAUUUUUUUCAAAUGAUAUGUAAGUCAAUAUUUAAUAGAAUUUAAAUUAACAGUUAUAUGUUUAAAUGUUUUAGUCGAUACGAUACGAACACAGGUCUGGACUUUUUACAAUUUUGGCAUCCCUUAUGACAGUGAACCAUGGUUUUACUACAGCAACCUUCGUUUAACCAAUAGAUUUGAAGUAAUACAAAGGGUCGACAAAAAUAACAUGGCUAGUACACUUUUACUAUAAUAAAACCUAUACUAUAAAACAUAGAACCUUUUAGUAUAAUAACAACAAAAAGUUAGUUAUCCUUAGGGAUUAUCAACCCAGCUAUAUUGGUUAAAAGGUUAACAUUAAGUUAGCAAAUGAAAUAGAUCUUCUUCUAUUUUGUUUACUUACCUUAAGGGAAGAGCAUCAUGACUCUAUUGUGUAAUGUACUUCCUCUGAACAUCAGUGUCAUCGGUACAGGAACUUGCCAAAACAUUUCUAUGCCAGAUAAUGUGGUAAUCAACAUUAAGAGCAUGCCGCCGCUUCUCUAUUUGCUUAAAAUGCAAAUGAUCGUCCGGGAAGUGUUUUACUACGGUACUGUAAUUCCACAAAAUGUUAGUACACAGUUAUAGAUCACAUGGUCAGAUGAAGAUGGAUGCUACUGUAUGUUUGUCUUCUUUCUGUUGUGUCGGUGAUCCUUCUCUUUUAUUUUAGCCGUUUUGUUACAUUAACAAUGUUUUUUUAUAUGGCCGCUACUUAGUGGACACUAUGUGAUUGCUACCGUAUGUGUUUGGUCGAUCAGAAAUGGUCCGGAAACGUCCUUCAUGCAUGACGGCGAGCACAAUAAUAUUUUGGACAUGAGGCAAGAGACACCCGGAGCAGGCGCGAAUCAGAGAGAGCCCGAGAGAUCGUACCUGCUCACUAUAUGCCUGAAAGAGGGACGUGGGCUGGUCAUAAGAGACCGAUGCGGCACAAGCGAUCCGUAUGUGAAAUUCAAACUGGAUGGGAAAACCCUUUAUAAAAGUAAAGUGGUGUAUAAGAAUCUGAAUCCGGUCUGGAAUGAAUCCUUCUCUUUCCCAGUCCGCAAGCUAGACCAGAAACUCUUCAUCAAGGUUUACGAUCGAGAUUUGACCACGGAUGAUUUCAUGGGCUCCUGUGCUUUUGUCCUCAGUGAACUUGAACUUGAAAAGACUAGUGAAAUGGUGUUGCCAUUGGAUGACCCUAACAGCCUGGAGGACGAUAUGGGUGUGAUAGUCAUCGACAUCUGUUUAUCCGUGCGAGACAGCAGGAACAAAAAACAUGGAAGUACACCAGAACACCACAGACGUCUCACAGAGUCCAUGAAGAAAAGCCAGCUAUGGACUGGAGUCUUCACCAUCACUCUCGUGGAGGGUCGGGACUUUCCUUUGGACGGACAGGCCGACGUGUUUGUACGCUUCAAACUGGGGGAUCAGAAGUAUAAAAGCAAGAGUCAAAUUAAGAAGGUGAAGCCACAGUGGAGAGAGAGGUUCGACUUCAGCCAGUUCCCAGAUGGAUCAAACAUUCUAGAGAUCGAAGUCAUGGGAAAAGGGGGACGGAAAUAUGAGGAAUGUUAUGGACAGUGUGAGGUCCUCUUGUCUGGGUUGCCGUUGAAUGAGUCCACUCUUUUCACACCGGAGCUGGAUUCUUGUCGAGGGAAAGUUGUGUUUCUCGUGACGCCCACACCCUGCACUGGUGUUUCCAUCACAGACCUCGUAGCUCCACCUCUGGAGGAACCUCACGAGAGAGAAAACAUGCGCUUCAAAUACCAGAGUUUAAGGAACUGCUUUAAGGACAAGAGAGAUGUUGGCUUCCUUCAGGUCAAAGUGAUCAAGGCCUGUGACCUCAUGGCUGCUGAUCUGAAUGGAAAGAGCGAUCCGUUUUGUGUCCUUGAAUUGGGAAACAACCGACUCCAGACUCACACUAUCUACAAAACCCUCAACCCGGAGUGGAAUAAAGUCUUCACUUUUCCAGUGAAGGACGUUCAUGAAGUUCUGGAAAUAACUGUGUUCGAUGAGGAUGGAGACAAAGCUCCUGAUUUCUUAGGGAAGGUGGCCAUUCCUUUACUCUCGGUACAUAAUGGCCAGCAAGUGGCUUGUCCUCUGAGAAAAGAGAAUUUGGGAGGACAAUCCAAAGGAACAAUAUUACUGGAGCUUGAAGUUAUCUAUAAUUCUGUCAAAGCAAGCAUCAGGACGUUCAUGCCUAGAGAACAAAAGUUCAUUGAGGACAAUGCCAAGUUUUCUAAGAAGGUUCUUGCCAGGAAUGUUAUUCGCGUGAGGAACCUCUAUCGAGCCGUGUGCCGCGUGAACCAGUUCAUCAAAAGUUGUUUUCAGUGGGAAAGUCUUCAGAGGAGUAUUAUAGCAUUUCUGGUCUUUAUUCUUACUGUGUGGUAUUGGGAUUUCUACAUGUUGCCUCUGUUCUUGGUUUUACUCAUCGCGUGGAACUAUCUUCAGAUUGCCUCCGAGAGAGUCAGCAGGGACCUGGAUACCAUGGAGAUGAAUGAAGAAGAAGAUGAAGAUGAGAAGGAGUCCGAAAAGAAAGGGAUAAUGGAGAAAAUUUACAUGGUACAGGAGAUUGUCAUUACGGUCCAGAACCUUUUGGAGGAGAUUGCGUGCUUUGGGGAAAGAAUAAAGAAUACGUUCAACUGGUCAGUGCCAUUCUUGUCUAAUCUGGCCUUCCUGGUUCUCAUCAUUGCCACAGUCAUCACAUAUUUUAUUCCAGUUCGGUACAUUGUUUUAUUAUGGGGUAUACAUAAAUUCACAAAGAAACUGCGCAACCCGUACGCAAUUGAUAACAAUGAGGUGGUGGAUUUUCUCUCCAGAGUGCCUUCAGAUGUCCAAAUGGCGCAGUACACAGAGCUCAGCAGCUGUAGCUUUCACAGACCUUACAGGAGAAGAAAAGCCCACCAUAAAGACCCCUGAGAAUAUUUGUGUGAAGAACAUUUGGAGGCGCAUUGACACACAAUACAGACUUUACUUUAUAAAGCAGAUUGCAGGUGAUCUGUAUAUUUUAAUGCAAAUGUGUUUGUUUCUAUGUGGGUGAAAUGAAAUCCUUUGUGCUGGAGGUCUGUACAUCAUAAGAACAUGAUACCGGAUUUUAUUGAAUGAACCUACACACAGAUAAACAAUAAGACUUCUUACUGUACAUCUCCGGUCAGCUUGUCACAGUCAGGGGUGGAGCAACGUACAGUAACUCUCUCAUGAACUGAAUUGAUCUUGAAAGUUCUACACGAGCUUCCGUCAAUAGUCUAAUAUAAAUUCUGCAGUCACUCAUGCCGUUAGUGUACAAUUUUAUACACAUUUGUCAGACGUGUACAAUAGGUUUUGUAAAGAAUAAUAUGUUUUGUAUUAUUUUUGUGUAUACGAUUUUCAACUGUAUUUUUUGUAAAGACAUACUUUGGGCCUAUUUAAUUUUUAAUUAUUUGUAAAAAAAAAAAAAAUGUUUAUGAUAAACAUAUCCUUGAGCUUGAAUGCAUGAAAAGUGCCUUUGACAAAAACAAUAUUACAGAAAUUAUAAGUGAAUCUAUUUUGUGCAAUAAUAAAAUUCUGAAUAGAUUGUUUUUUCUA